AUGGAGCCUAAUAAUUCGAAUCCCUGCGGCCAGGAUUGUGGGAACUCUUCCGACACCUCUAAAUCUUUAAGGCAGUACUUUUCUCCUCCAAUCAACUCAAGGUCCUCGCUCCUUGACUUCGUUCCCAGUGGUCUUUCCAUCCUUGCCAGAAAAAAGGCACCUUCUACCUUGUUAAUACCAUCAAAGGAAAAUAAGCCCAGAUCCUGCGACGUUAAUUUUAAAUCCUUUAGCAAUGCGGAAUCAGGCACAGAGCCGCAUAGGAGAAUUCAAGCCCCACAGCAAGCCGCCACGACUUCCUACAUGUCACCAAUUUUCCACUUUACGUCUCAUGAUACUACCAUAAUCGCAAUGGAGCACAAUAACCACUACAAGCUUAUGGCUAUUUCAACUUCUAGACGUGAGAUUUUUGUAACGUUAACACAGGAAAUGCCGGUGAUUGAGAAUAUGGGCGCAAUUAAGUCAUUCGAGGACCUUUUUGGCGCAGGAGGGGGCUUGUCGGGGUCGGGGGUGCCACCACCACCUUUUUUGAACGAGGAUCUUUUUAAGUGGAACCCGGCCGAGAUGACGGUUUUGGUGGAUCAACUACAGUAUCCAUGUACUCAGCUGGAGUGGGGACCCUGGCAGCACGGCGUCUACCUAGCCGGGAUCUGCCCUGGCUGGCAAAUACGUGUGUACCGCUUUUCACAUAGUCGAUGGGCACUUGACGCGGAUAUUAAGGCAUCUAAUGGGGCUUCUAUUGCCUUUUCAUCGCAGUGCACAUUAGCUUGUGCAUGCAAUAGUGGAGAGAUUUUACUGUUUGUGCGCCGCAGCGCUUCAUUAAAUGGCGGAAGCCCAUGGGUUCUCUGUUGCACAGUUUCCACACGGCCUCAAGACCCUAACAUCACUUUCCCACCGAAAGCAAUGGAUUCGAUUCAAGAACCAGGGCCAGGUUCAGUGGAUUUAGAUCCUCGCUUCUCGAGCACUUCGAACCUUAAUAUUUCAAAUGUCGAUACAAAGGUGGGCCACGGUGACCCCUCGACGCGCUGCCUUUGUGUUCACUUUGAUGACACUGGCUCUCUAUUGGCGUCUGGUUACCAAGACGGCUCGGUUAAAGUGUUUUUAGUAGUUGACGGUGGCACUCAGAUCCGCGACGUUGUUUUUUCUUCUAGCUCGACGCACCAAAAUGGUAUGUGUCGGCAAGUAGUCUGGUCCCCCUCCUCUGGUCGUAACUUUCUCCUCUUAGCUAUAGUCUACGCAAAUUAUUUUACCAUCUUACUGUUUCAGAGGCCGCGUCUUCAUAGCAUAUCUUCCAGAAGCACUGGCUUGACAAGUGGUGGCAAUAUUAUUUACCAGCACGCGCACAUGCACACCGCCUUAGGGGAUUCGGGUGUCGGUGGCCGCAAUACUGCCAAAACUGGUGAACGAGCUCUUAAACUUCAUGUUCUGGAGAGUACGACAGCUGCCUGUGAGGGCAUGUCUAAGUUGUCGUGGAAUACCACCGGGACUCGUUUCGUCACGUCUCACGCCGAUGGGCUUGUGCAUGCAUGGGCUGUGGACAUAAGCUACGUUCAGCGACACGAACCGCAUCAUUUGAUGCCUUCAAGUUGUGGAAAUGACAAAAACAUGUCGGCGCUAACAAGAGUGAGCGUACACAGAGGCAAGAAAUGUAGUGUUGAUGGGACUUCACAUUUAAUCCAUGGUUACCAACAAAAAAACACGGAAAGUGGUGUUGCGUCAGAUGAAAACUUAACAGUUCCUCUGCAAGCUCGCUUUUCUGUUAAUGCUCUUGAAGGAGACGAUAAACUUACUGGUGAUCAUCGAAUUCAUGAACCAAAGUUGUCAAUUGUUAUGACGCUGCGAAAGGUGCUGUCUGCUCAUCCAUAUCACACUGUUAUUACCAAAUAG